GAUCCCAUUGAUGCGGUUCAGGAGGCUGUGCAGUUGAAACCCAAAGCCAGUGACAUGUCAGACUUGGUGAACUAUUCUAAGCAUCAGUUGCUGACGCCGAGAUGAGGGGUGGGGGCUUUUUGGGGGCAUAUAUGCAACUCUAUAAGAACUCCCAAUAGGAAGUUGCAGCACUGUAAGCACCAGCUGAAGUCUAGUUGUUUAAUGUUGGGAAGAAAUUCUUUGAAGCCCCUACAGUAGAGGAAAAGUCUGGUCAGAUCCACAGGCAGCUAAAUGUUAUUCAUACCCCAGAUGGUUGUGGUGCAAAAAUUUACACAGCAGCGUACGACCAGUGAGGUUUGGUGCGAAGACAGAUCGCUAGGAGCUGUAGUGACCUUGGGAACGCUUGCUGAGGGCAGGACAGAAUUCCUGAAGGGACACAUGGUCUAGAGUGACAAGGCCAUCUGCUGUAGCGCCAGCAGUAAGAGGAAGGUGGAGGGGGGGUGCUGAGAUUCCUUUCGCCGGGGUGUGGAGGGAGCAGAUAUUCUAGGAUAUCGCUGCGAGCACUCCACCAGGAAGCGUGUUUCUUUGGCGUUUUUCAAAUGGAAAUCUGAGGUUGAAUUUUUCUUACACUUCAUGGUGAGAGGAGAUCUUUGCAGGGUUAAAUGGGGAAGACAUUUUUCCAGUCUUUCACCUCUCCAUAAGGCAACUGGUGAGAAUGAUCUUUGUGUAUCACCGUUUUACUUCAGUGGAUCCAGUUUCCGUUCCAUCUCGGCUCAGUCGGAGCUGAGAGAGCGGGACCUGGUAGGCCUUCUGGCACCAACCUCCCCAAGGAUCAACUUCAAGGGAUCUUCUCUGGAAUCGUUCUGUGUAUGGCAAGGAUCUACUUUCUUGCUUCCUCACUGAAUUUCAUGGCCUAAACAAAUGAAUAUUUUUAUGAGGCACCUUGCACCAGAAAUGGGCCAGGACCAAACCAAGCAGCAGAUAGAAAAGGGUCUGAAGUUGUAUCAGUCCAACCAGACUGACAAAGCCUUGUAUGUGUGGAUUAAGGUACUGGAAAAGACCUCAGAUCCUGGAGGGAAGUUUCGGGUGCUGGGAUGCCUGAUCACAGCUCACUCAGAGAUGGGAAAAUAUAAAGAUAUGCUCAAGUAUGCGCUUGAUCAAAUCGACACGGCCAGAGAAAUGGAGGAUCCAGACUACCUGACAGAGGGCUACCUGAACCUGGCACGCAGCAAUGAGAAACUGUGCGACUUCCAGAAAACGGUGUCUUACUGUAAGACCUGCCUAAACAUGCAGGGCACCACUGUCAGUCUGCAGCUGAACGGACAGGUGUGCCUGAGCAUGGGCAACGCCUUCCUGGGUCUCAGCGUCUUCCAGAAAGCUCUGGAAAGCUACGAGAAGGCCCUGCGCUACGCACACAACAACGAUGACAAGAUGCUGGAGUGCCGAGUCUGUUGCAGCCUGGGGAACCUCUACGUUCAACUGAAGGACUACGAGAAAGCCCUCUUCUUCCCCUGUAAAGCAGCUGAGCUCGUCAAUGACUACGGCAAGGGUUGGAGCCUCAAGUACCGAGCCAUGAGCCAGUACCACAUGUCUGUGGCCUACAGGAAACUGGAGCGCCUACCGGAUGCCAUGGAGUGCUGUGAGGAAUCAAUGAAGAUUGCUCUGCAGCACGGCGACCGUCCACUGCAGGCUCUCUGCUUACUGAACUUUGCGGACAUACACCGCUGCAGGAAGGACACUGAUAAAGCAUUCCCUCGCUACGAGUCUGCACUUGGUAUUAUGACGGAGAUUGGAAACCGUCUUGGACAGGUUCACGUUCAUCUGGGUGUUGCAAAGUGUUGGCUUCUGCAGAAAGAUUUCGACAAGGCUCUGGAUUCGCUGCAACGAUCACAGGAAUUAGCCGACGGAAUGGGAAACAAGCUAUGCACGCUGAAGGUCCACUGCCUUAGUGAGGGCAUUUAUCGAAGCCAAGGUCAGGAGGAGAAGCUCAGAGAGCAAGUGGUAAAGUUCCUGCAGUGUGUGGAAGAGCUGGAGCUCUACUGUGGCAUGUGUGGGGAGUCCAUUGGGGACAGGGACCAAAAGCUGCAGUCCUUGCCCUGUUCCCACAUAUUCCAUCUAAAGUGUCUGCAGACUAAUGGAACAAAAGGUUGUCCUAAAUGCUUCAAAUCCUCCAUGAAACCUGGAUUUGUGUGAUUUGGAAUUGGUGGUUGUGCAUUGGAUCUGCUGACACAGCAUGUGACGCCUCAGAGGCGCCUGACUCUCUGAGCAGCAGGCAGCCCGAGGAUGUGCCAAAGAUGAGGAGUCAUAACACUGAUCUUUGCAGUGGAUGCUGAACAGAACCAAGAGUGUCCCAGAGCACAGCUCAAAGCAUUCAUGGUCAAAUAAGUGACAUCAGUUCGUGAGUGACUUUUACCGACUGAACUACACCUUAACAAGUGGCGCUAGAGUAGAAAGAAAACACACUACUGUGUGUGUGUCUGGGAAAGGUUGGUGUACAACACAAACACACCAAGAGUUUCAAAUUUAAGGAAUUUUCCUAGUUUACUGCAUAAGAGUUAUUAGCCAAAAUAAGACAUUAUGAAUAUUUGGAAGUAUUCAGCAAAAUUCUAGUCUUUAGGUUCGUUUCUUCAAAUUCUUCAAAAACGUUUUUCUUCCACAACAGUUGACAGUUCUGUUGUGUUCAGAGCAGAAGAUGAAUUUGUGAUUUCGUAUUUAGCAUAUUUAUAAUUGUAUUAAUGUACAUACUAUUCUCGUAUAAAUCAGUUUAAAUCAUUUGAUUUAUUUGAGGUGUUUUGUAAAAGCUAAAACUAAAAUCUCUUAAACGAUCCGAAAUCUAUGUCUUCAUCAAACUACAUGCAGCUGUUUUUUCAUUAACCUGUAGUAAGAGGGAGAGUUACAGUGAAUUAACUGAGCUGAGUAUUAUUUACAAAACCAAAAAUCCAAAAAAAAAUAAUUACCUGUGUAACCUUGUAAUUGUGUAUUUAUAUAUUUCAUAAUUGUUUGAUAAAGUAUUUCAUAAUAUGUGAUUUUUAUUGGUUUUAUUCCUUAUGUGUUGAAUUUAAAUGAUUUUGUGAUUGGGUAUAAAGGCCAUGUUAAUCAAGUACAGUGCAACUAAAUAAUAUUUUUUGUUUGCUAGACAUAAUAAAGUGCCCUGAAGGAAAGAAUCUUACGGGUGAGGUACUUUCACAUGCUCAUUGGAAAGUUACAGCCAGAUGUGUAACCGUGAUGCAAAAAAAAAAAAAUUCACCUAUCGUAUUAUACUGUGGUUAAAAAAGAUGAUUGCGGUGUUUUAAAUAUAAAGCGGUAUUUAAAUUUAACAUUAUUUGAAAACAUUAUAUACUGUGUUUUACCAUAGUACCACAGGAACAAAGGCUAUGAAGUAAAACAUGAUAUUUUAACAUCCAGAUUAUCAAAGGUGGCAUUUUGAGAGAAUCACACAGAAUAGCUUUGCUUCAACUUUUGUCGUUUACUCUCUCCUUGUGAUGGGGCAGCUUACACCAUGAUAGAGAGAGAAAGAGAGACACACAGACACACACUUACCUUUAACUGCACAUGCACUUCUGUUUCUCAGUUCAGAAAAAAAAAACAUCACUUUGACCUAAGCGUUAACUGCGUAUAAAACAGUUGUUGUUCAUUCAACGUUUCCUCGACUGUUUGUUCUCGUCUUCCUCGGCCUAUAUUUUAAUAAAUAUAUAAAUAUUGUAGAGCAGGACAGCCUCUCAACUUCAACAGAUUAAACUACCUCUGUUUUCAACUCUUCUCUCCAGAGAAUUUAUGCAGUAAAAACACACCGUGAAUAAUGUAGUAUUUUAGUGUAUUUGUAGUCCUCGUGUAGAUAAAAAUCAAUGAUUUACAACUCGACAAAACUGCAUUAUUAUGUGUAUGCUGACUAUGUUCAAUAUAAAUGUUACUGUGUUGACUAUGGAGACAUUUCAUUAUGGAAAAAUAAAGCACACUAAAGGUGAAUUUUGUCAGUGCUGAUUUACUGCCCUCCUUUCCUUCCUAACCUCAUUCCUUGGACUGCAUUCAGCCCACAAAUCAAUUUAAUCCCGUCUGCGGUGUCUUCAAAGGCAAAGGGAGAUUUAGCCUAUGGCACCAAGGGCAGUUAGCCAGAGAGCUAUCAAUCAGGGGGCACUAUGGACUCCAGUAAAGGAAAAAGAAUUGGAUUUGAUCUUGCUUUUCUUAGUACAUUGAACAUUACAGUUAAAAACAUACCAACAUAAAAACAUGACCCAGUUGGUGGAAACAUCUUUGCCGCCCUUAAAUCUAAGAUACUUGACCAAUGCUGUCCUUCAUAAAAGAGUGGAUGUUUUUUUUAUAUUCUCUUGCAGAUUGUGAGCUUAAAGACAUCUUUACUACUUACUACUGUAGUUUCUAACUUUCCAUGUUGACAUUAGCAGAAAUGUUUAAUCUUAGCUUAACAUGGAUCAUAACUGUCCAGCAAGGCUUUGUUAGCAUAGACGUGUUUGAUAUCUAUGGCCAUGUAGGAAUAAUUGUGUCAAAAGUGUUGUAGAAUGACAUAGAUAGUUGAGACAAACUAUGACAAAUGUAAAAAUAUGGAAAAGCAAUCAACAAAAUCAACAAAUAUAUAAGCAAAUAGUCUUCAAAUAGGAAACCUGCCAGUCAACCUGAAUUGCUAACUGUUCAGCUAAUAAAACAACACCAAACAUAAUUACUUAAUUAUUUACAAAAAUCAACCUGACAGAAAAUAAGUCCAGCAACCAAGGUAGCCAAAAUGGCUACAUGUUAGCAAAGUGAAUGCUUAUAGCCCACAGA